AUGCGCGUCAUCCCCCUCCUCGCCCUCUCGGGCGCCGCCAUGACGCAGCAGCCCGGCGUGAUGGAAAAAAUGAGCGCCUGGACAUCGAACUUCGGCGCGCAAAUCUUCAACGCCUUUCCCUAUGGCCUCGAUGCCGGUGCGAGCGCGGUUGCCGCACAAGUGGUGCAACCGCUGAACAUGCAGAACUGGAAGGCUCAUCUGUGGCCAAAGAGCCCGCCCGAGGAGUGGAUGGUUUUCAUGACGGGCGGGAACAAGACUUGUUUCGGCCGUUGCGAGCAUGCUGAGGCGACAUGGAAUAAAUCCGUCGCAUACCUCUCCGCACUGCCCAAGUCAUCUUCGUCCGAACCGCCUCUGCGGCUCGGGUCCGUCGACUGCGAACAGAACGAGAUCCUCUGCACGGCCUGGUCCGCCGGCGUCCCCGCUAUUUGGCACUUCUAUCCCAACCCGUCUGGAGCUACCGAUCUUCGCAUAAUCCGAUUCAAUGCCAGCUCCGUCUCAACCACAAACAUGACGUCCGUCCCCUCGAAAACCGACUCCCGCUAUCUGAAAUAUACACCCUACGAGGGGUGGCUGCAUCCCAUCGACGGGAGUGUCCAGAAAUUCGGGCUGACGGUGCCCUUUGGAUACGGGCUGUGGCUGAUGGGUGCUUUGCCGAGCUGGCUCAUGAUGCUGGUGGUCAGCUUUGCGAGCAGGCAGAUCAUGAAUCGGAGGAUGGGCGACACCAUGGGCGGAGGGCUCGGCGCGGGUCCGCGACCUGCUGCAGGUGGUGCUGCGCCACCUCCGGCUGCCGCGCCAAAGGCUGCGAGUCCGGCUGGCAAGGCAGGAAAGAAGAAGAGGUGA